CGUGGAUUGUGGAUUUCGGGGACGGGAAAGGUGAACGCGCGAUCAAAGAGUGGGUCAGUAGGAGACAUGAAGACUCAGAGCUAGGAGACCGUGAAAGCUUGUAAAAUAUUACGCGCUUCUUGAUGCGUGGAAUAGCAGAUAUGGAGCCCUUGCUGCUUGACGAUGAUGAAUUGACUGCGGAUGAGGAUGAGAAUUAUCAGGAUGAUGAAGACGAGAAGAGCGAUGAAGAUGGCGACACUGACGAAGAUGGAACAGAUAAAGAAGACGAGGAAGAAAAGGACAUAUUGCCAGAACCGGACGAAUUCCCAAAAUUCAUGGAACUGGCCCGGGUGAAGUUGGAGCAAAUGGAUGACCACGCCGAUUUGUCUGAAUUGGAGGAUCAUUACCCCGCUAUAUGCACCUCAUAACUAUUCAUGGAACCCCCCAGUUUUCUUGCCUGCAAGUCGGGCGCAAUA